AUGGCAUCGACUGUCAAUGACAAGAACAAGAGUAGGGAUCUGGCUGAUAAAGAUGCCAGGAUGCAACACGGAAACCCAUGGUUUUCAGCUCAGGUUGUGGUUUUGGCACUGAUUGCAUUCAUCUGCAUAGAGACCAUCAUGGAAUGUUCCCCUUGCGAAGGCCUUUAUUUCUUCGAGUUUGUGAGCUGUAGUGCAUUGGUGGUUACUGGAGUUCUGUUGCUUAUGUUCAGUCUAAAUCUUCACACAAGAAUACCACAGAUCAACUGGAAUCUUACUGAUCUGGUCAACACUGGACUCAGCACUUUCUUCUUUUUCAUUGCCUCUGUAGUACUUGCUGCUUUAAACCAUAAAACUGGAGCAGAAAUUGCUGCUGUGAUAUUUGGUUUCUUGGCAAUGGCAGUGUAUGCUGUGAACACAUAUUUAGCUAUUAAAAAGUGGCGAAUGAACAGCAGACAACAAAACAGUCGGCAGACCAGUGAUUACAUACGUGCUCGGACAGAGUCCAGAGAAGUAGAUCAUCGCCCUGAGAUUCAGCGUCUGGAUGCAUGAAAGAAACAUUCAAAUGGGACUGUAAAGGGAAAAGAAGAAGUGUUUAACUCCCUCAUGGAAUAAAGGGUUUAUUUCCUUAUUUAAGGAAGAAAAGGAAGAUCAGAUGGUGUCAGAGAAUGCCCAGCCCUGCACAUGUGCAGAGAUGCAUUGAGUCAACAGCUGUUGUCAUGAAGGCAGUAAUGUUGGUAAUUCAAAAGCAAGAUCCAUUUAAGAUGUCCACAUAUAUAUUAUAUAAGCUAUAUAAUAUAUGUGUAUAUAUAAUAUAUGUUUUGAAGUAUGUUCUUGUUUUGGAUUAACUGCACAUUAUUUUAUUUCCCUCUCCCAAAUGCAGACUUUCUGCCACUGUUUCUUUGUUGUAAACACUUAAGAACAG